AUGGACUCGGAAAAUUCAAGAUACUUACAAAAUUAUCCAUUGUUGGUACCAUUAUUAGAUGCAAGAACAAAUGAAUAUUGGCUCUUUCAUGGUUCUGAUUCUAAAACACAUGAAGUUUUAUUAAACAAGGGUUAUGAUCCUCGAGUGUCAAAUGUAGGGGGAAUGUUUGGAGGUGGAUUUUAUUUGGCAGAAAACUCAAGUAAAUCCAAUCAAUAUAUUCCAUGUCCUGGUUGUCAUGAAAAUUAUAUAUCUCAUCAACCUUAUUGUAAAUGUAAAAAUCAAGAGGAUUUCCUGUAUUCAAUUAUUCUCUAUCGAACAUUAUUAGGAGAUGUGCAUAUAGUAAAAGAAUAUAAAAGCGAAAUUCACCGUGGAGUAGAUGCAAAUCAUCCUGUGCGUCGACCACCACAAAAAAAGCAUUCACAGGAAUUGUAUGACAGCGUGAUGGGAGAAUCUAGAAAAUAUGGUGGUGAUGUAUUAAAUUAUCGUGAAUUUGUCGUAUAUGAUACUGGUCAAGCAUAUCCAGAAUAUGUGAUACAAUUUAAGAGAUCAGCAAAAAAGACUGUGCCACGAUUUGAUAUGAAAUGUGUGAUGGAUAGUUGUCACUCUCUUCUUACAACUUAUUGUUUGGAUACAGUGGUACCUCGUCUUGUUAAAUAUAUUGAUAUGUUAACCAAUUGGUAUGUCAAAUUGAAUAAGAAACGUUUUAAGGGUGAAACAACAUUAGAAGAUUGUCUUGUUUUAUUAAAUGUUCUUUGUUAUAUCCUUUUAACAAUGGCUAAAUUAAUGGUACCAUUUACAUCAUUUCUUGCUCAAUAUAUGUAUCAAAUCUUAAGGAAAUUAAUGCCACCAAAAUCAUCAUCAUCAUCUUCUGAACAAGAAUUAUGUGUUCACUUUCAAAUGAUUCCAAAAUCAUAUCAUUAA